UUUAUGGAAGUUGAAGCCUUGAAGCAUAUUUCUUUCUGCUCAAAUGUAUACUUCCCAUCCUUGGAAGCCAAUUAAUAGGACGUCAUAGGUUGCUUGAAUCAAAAAUCGCAUGUGUAUCAUGACACAUGAGGAAUUAUAAAGCUGAAACUUUGUGAGAGAUCAAAUGGAAGAACCAAAAACCAUUUUGAAAUUCAAAGACAAACAUCUUAUUGGUUUUCACUCAAAUUGCCUGCAAAAAUGGAGAAUGGAAACAAGAGGCUAGCUGUUUUGGUUGGUUGCAAUUACCCCAACACCCCACAUGAGUUAAAUGGAUGCAUAAACGAUGUUUUGGCCAUGAGAGACGUGCUUGUUAAAUGGUUUGGGUUCGAUCACAGCCAUAUUGAACUCUUGACUGAUGCACCUGGUUCAUUAGUCAUGCCCACUGGUGCUAACAUUAAGAAGGCACUUGAUCAGAUGCUCAAGAAGGCUGAACCUGGAGAUGUCCUAUUCUUUCAGUAUAGUGGACAUGGAACAAGGAUUCCAUCAGCCAAACCUGGGCAUCCCUUUAGGCAAGAUGAAGCAAUUGUGCCUUGUGAUUUCAAUCUAAUCACUGAUGUGGACUUCCGGCAAUUAGUGAAUUGCCUGCCAAAGGGAGCAAGCUUCACAAUUCUCUCAGACUCAUGCCACAGUGGAGGCCUAAUUGACAAAGAGAAAGAGCAAAUUGGACCCUCUUCUGUCACCAGCGAUGGCACAUUGCAGCAAUCAUGUAGCCCCAAGACCAUUCCCUUUGAAUCAAUUCUACAACAUCUAACAUCACAGACAAACAUAAACACAUCUGAUAUUGGCACUCAUUUGUUAGAAUUAUUUGGAGCCGAUGCAAGCCAUAAGUUUCAUUUACAUCCAAAUGAGCUGGACUUGUCUGAGUCAUUGAAGACAGACGAAGGAAUUCUUCUUAGUGGGUGUCAAGCCAAUGAGACUUCUGCAGACAUGAACCCAAUGAUGACUGGAGGAAAGGCGUAUGGAGCAUUCAGUAAUGCUGUCCAGAUGGUAUUGAAGGAUCAUUUAGGUUCACUCAGCAACAAAGAAGUUGUGCUGCUAGCUAGGAAGUCUUUAGAGGCAGGAGGCUUUGCUCAACACCCUUGCCUCUACUGCAGUGAUGAAAAUGCUGAUGCUCCUUUCUUAUGGCAGCCUCAGGGCUCAGAUUUAUGAGGCAUUGAGUGGUUUGUGCAUGCUUGGUUUGAUAUAUGGUUACUAACAUAUUAUUUCUAUUGAAAUUUAAUAAAAAGGCAAUAAUUGAAGCGGUACCUAAUAAGGGGCUUGGGAAAAAGAAAUUAUUUGUACAAUCACUUUCUUUACAUUAGAAUUAACAGUACUCUUACCAAGAGUCUUGAACCUCAA